CUUGCCCAGCCGUUUCCUGCCCGGGACGCGGCGGAGCGGAGCCGAGCGGAGCGGAGCCGAGCGGAGCCAUGACUCACCAGACCGGCAUCCACGCCACCACAGAAUUAAGGGACUUUUUUGCCAAAGCCCGGAACGGUUCAGUUCGGCUCAUCAAGGUCAUCAUCGAGGAUGAACAGCUUGUGCUGGGAGCCCACAAAGAGCUGUCCCGGCGCUGGGACGCUGACUACGAUCCCUUCGUGCUGCCCCUGCUGGACGAGCAGCAGCCGUGCUAUGUGCUGUACCGCCUGGACAGCCAGAACGCCCAGGGAUACGAAUGGCUCUUCAUCUCCUGGUCCCCCGACAGCUCCCCGGUCCGGCUGAAGAUGCUCUACGCUGCCACCAGAGCCACGGUGAAGAAGGAGUUUGGAGGGGGGCACAUAAAGGACGAGAUGUUUGGCACAGUGAAGGAGGACGUGUCCCUGAGUGGUUACCAAAAGCACGUGUCCUCCAGCUCUGCCCCGGCCCCGCUGACCGCAGCCGAGCAGGAGCUCCAGCAGAUCCGCAUCAACGAGGUGAAGACAGAGAUCAGUGUGGAAAGCAAGCACCAGACACUGCAGGGCCUGGCCUUCCCCCUGCAGCUGGAUGCCCAGCAAGCCAUCCAGGCACUCAAGCAGAAGAAAAUCAACUACAUCCAGCUGAAGCUGGAUCUGGAGCGGGAGACCAUCGACCUGGUGCACACAAGCCCCACAGAGAUUUCUGACCUGCCCAAGAGGAUCCCCCAGGACUCAGCUCGCUACCAUUUCUUCCUGUACAAGCACUCACAUGAGGGAGACUACCUGGAGUCUGUCGUCUUUAUCUACUCCAUGCCUGGGUACAAGUGCAGCAUCAAGGAGCGCAUGCUCUACUCCAGCUGCAAGAGCCGGUUGCUGGACACUGUGGAGCAGGAAUUUUGCCUGGAGAUAGCCAAGAAGAUCGAGAUCGACGACGGAGCGGAGCUGACGGCGGAGUUCCUGUACGAGGAGGUGCACCCCAAGCAGCACGCCUUCAAGCAGGCCUUCGCCAAGCCCAAGGGGCCCGUGGGCAAGCGGGGACAGAAGCGGCUGAUCAAGGGGCCGGGCGAGAACGGCGAGGACAGUUAGAUCCCGCAGGGCCGGGCGGUGAACGGACAGCAUCCCCGCGGCGCUGCCCACCUUCCUCUGCGCUGACCUGGGGAGCUUUCCCUCCAUCUCAGCCUUUUUUUUUUUUCCCUCCCUUUUUUUUUUUUUCCUAUUUCAUUCCUUUUUUAAACAUCAGGAUGGCUUGUUGCACCUGGGGGCAGAGCGAUGGGGAGGGUUCAGGGCUGUCGGUGUUUCCUUUCCCCGCGUCCUCGUGCGAGCC